UUCUCGUUUGUUGUUUUUGGCGCACAAAUGAAAAGUUGUUCUUGUUUUUUCGCGAAUUGAAUUGACUCCGCUCUUGAUUAAAUUAAAAAAAAUGGAUUUUGAACGACGUUCAAUUGUAAACGGUGCUCUGCUGAAACGCCAGUCGGGUCAACCGGUCAGUAUUCACCUUUUUGUGGAAAGGGCAGAAAAGGACGGGCGCAGUUUUACCGGCAAAUCCACCGACGGACUCCCCAUCCAGGUUAUGCUGAGUGAACCGCUGUCCAGUUUGCUGCAUGGUUGGGUCGAGGUCAUCGGAAUGGCGGGGUCCAAUGAUAGCGUCCGUUGCAAAGAGAUCAUCACAUAUCAAGGCACUGAAGGAGAAGAAGACUUCGAUGUGAAUGGUCACAACAUGCUAUGCACAUUCCUCGCCAACUGUCGUGAUAUCUAUCGCAUGGGAUAGAUUUAAAAACACGUAUGUUUACUCAUUUUCGUUUUCUGAUUAUUAUUAAACGUUACUCAUUUAUCGUCGAAA